CGCCUAUACCGAUUACGUCAUUUCCGCUAUACAAUACAUACGAAGGACACAGCAACUUAUACGGAGAAAGUCGCUCGCAUUGCCCUAAAUACUCGCGACUGGAUAAACUGAGGCCCUCCCCAGGCGAUGAUGACCAGGUGUACGCUGCUCCUGCCUGUGUUCUGGCUGCUGCUGGUGCUGCUGGCCGAUUCUGUGUCGGCUGAGGGCCAGUACGAUGACAGAAGAUGUAAGUGUGUGUGUCCACCUCGGGUCAUCAACAAUGUCACCAGGAAGGUCUAUCUGAAGAACAACAUUGCCAGGGACGACUGUGAGUGUGGAAAAGUUGUGGCUCCUUUACCUGACAACCCUGUGGAGUUCUGCCUGCGCUGUGAGUGUGAAUAUGAGAGCAGGAACACCAUGCUGAUGAAGGUGCUGGUACUGUUUGUGUUAGCUGUACUUGGUGUACUGGUGGUGUAUGCUGGGUUCGUCAUGUGUCUGGAGCCACUGUGUGCCAAGCCCCAACAGGCGGCCUUCCCAGACUCUGGACCAAGACAUGCACAGGACGACAGGCCACGUCUGGUGCGCUCUGCCUCCAUGUUGGGCCGCGUGGACAGCGCACGCCAGAGAUGGAAGAAACAAGUGGAAGUCCAGCGAGUCAACGUGUACGAUAGACGGAACAUCCUUAGCUAAGUCUACUCUGUCUAAAAGUUGUCGGACACACUUAUAGAUGUAAAUUUGACAAGAACUGACUUACAUAUUUGUUAUUUAUUGUAUAUCAGGAACAUUAGUAUAUUUGUUGCACUUUUGCAGUUUGUAUUUCUUGAGGUUUAAGUUUUAACAGUCCAAUUUGAAAUUUGGAGAGUAGUUCCAAAAUUACAGAAACACCUGGUAUAGAUGUUAAGCUGUUGUAUCAGCUGGAUCCUGACAGGUGUUCUGUGGUGUUUUGGUACUUUUUCAUCGCCAGUGUUAAGUACAUGAACUUCAUUGAAAGUUUUGUCAGUAUUUACAUGUUUUUAGAAAGUCAGUUGCCUGUGGAAGGUGUAUAUGAUGAUUUGACAUCAAAAUCUAUGUGUUAUCCAGUCAUCAUCAGAUACAACAUGCAUAUUAUGCAGUAUCUAUAUUAUUAUUAUCGAUACGAUUAGACUUUGGUAGACAUCUGUAAGUAUUUUCCUGCUCACAAAGCUCAGUCAUACAGUAGACACAUACUGGGGCACUUUUCUAUUCUGAUUUUAAUGUGUGACUGAAGGAUACACAUGUGAAACCCAAAGGAAAACAUAGCUAAUAUCCAUAACCAACUACUCUACCCACAGACACAGAAGGACCUGCCAGCCUGCUGUCUGCUAUACUCUCCUCCUAAGGGUGAUUGAUUACCAUGAAACUCAUGAGAAACACAUUGGAAUCACAGUCUCUAAUUGGCCAUAAGGAAAGCUUUCAGAUAUGUAUCCUCCAAAGCAAACAUUAGGAACCCUCUGACUAGGAAAAAAGGGAAGAUACACACAAGAGAUAUCUCCUCUUCUGCUGGGUGUGUUUCCUCUACUGAACUGAGCUUUGGAAGGGGCACUCUUUUGUAGAUGUGUGCAUGUGGUGUGCAAAUAUGACCCGAACAAACAAUAGGUAGAUAGAUUAAUACAUUAGAUAUGUGUCCAUAAGGGUACCUGAUGAUUUUCUCUAAUAUCAAAGCAUUGAAAGUAUAGUUUAGAUAGAAGCCAAUUUAGCUAGCCAAACAUUACUCUCCAAGCAGAGGUUGGUGGGGAAGAUUAGAACUUUCCCAUUGGCAGAAAGAAAAUGGAGCAUGACAUGAAAAGGUCACAAUUGCCCACCAACCUCUGCUUGGGAAGUAGUUAAACAUGACCCUUCCAUUGUUGACUUAUAUAUAUAGUAGACAAGGACUGAUUACUGUUAGUCAGGUACAACAUGUGGAGGUGUAAUGACAAUGAUCUUUAUUUGCAUAUUCUUGCCCAUAUGGGCUAAAUGCAGUAGUACAUGAAAUGUUUCUGUAUAGAAUCAUUACAAUGUCAGUGGGAAAGACAGGACAACUAUGAUGCACUACUAAUAUAUCUAUUGUUUAAAAUUGUCAAAUAUGUAAUGCUAUGCUAUUAUUACAUCAAUCAUUUACAUGUCUCUUUUCUCUUCUUGAAACAAGUGUAUAUGAAUUCACAGAGUUGUUGUAGUACAAUGUUGUCAGAUGAUUUCAUUAUAUAUACAAAUGGUUCGUCCUUUACUAACUUAAGCUGGUAUAUCUAAAUUGAUAAUACAACUCACACUCCAAUACAAAUAAACUUUUCAAUAUGUUUGGA